UCUAACAUUAGUACUAGCAUAACAUGCUAUUACGUUAGCUAAAUACUCACUUAUUAAGCUAGCAACUUGGCAUUUAGCUGUCAGUAUUUUUAGCUUAGCAGAAUGGCAAGAAGGAAAAUACACGAUUACCAAAUAGGAGGUUGAAGCCCCGAUGUGAGUUGUCAAGUGUCAGGGUAAGAGUUUGUCCAACGCCUGAAGAUUCCGCGUCGGUCCAAAUUUAUGUGCGAGUGCUUCAAACGGGAAUAUGUAGCGGGUGUGACGUCAAAGGACACGCCCCCAUGUUGCAACCUUCGACUUGAUUGCGAGAUCAAAGUCAAGAUCAUUUUUAAAAACACGUCGUUUGUAUCAAAUGUUUAACAAAUAAACGCCGUACUUAAAAGCAAGUUAUUAAACACCCAGCGCUGUUAUUUUCAAGCCGCUAAAACACUGGCAAAGACUUAGCAGGAGUGAUUGACAAGCAGACCGAGGGAUCUGCUGAGCGCAUGCGCAUUGAGACGUUUCAUCAUGGCGGACACCGUCUGGCCGAGCUGUGCGAAAAGUUUAAAAGGUGUCAUUCUUGACAUGUGUGGAGUUUUGUACGACAGCGGGGAGGGCGACGGAGUUGCCAUUCCUGGCUCCAUUGAAGCCGUGAGGAAGCUCAAAGCUUCUGACCUGAAGCUGCGGUUCUGCACCAAUGAAAGUCAGGCAUCAAGAGAUAAGUUUGUUGCCAAACUUCAACGAUUGGGCUUUGACAUUUCCGUGGAGGAGGUCUUCUCUCCUGCACCCGCAGCCGUGGCAGUGUUGAAGCAAAGAGGGCUGCGGCCCCACCUGCUGGUGUAUGACGCGCUCCUCCCGGAGUUUGACAGCGUCAACAAGAGCGACCCGAACUGCGUGGUGAUUGGCGAUGCGGCUGAGAAGUUCUCCUACCAGAACAUGAACAAGGCCUUCAGGGUCCUGAUAGGCCUAGAGAAGCCAGUGCUGUUCUCUCUUGGCAAAGGGAAAUAUUACAAGGAGAUGGAUGGUUUGAAGCUGGAUGUGGGAGUUUACAUGAAGGCUCUGGAGUACGCCUGUGAUGUGGAGGCCGAAGUCAUUGGGAAGCCGGCGGCUUCAUUCUUCCAAUGUGUUCUCAAUGACAUGGUGCUGCAGUCACAUGAGGUGAUGAUGAUCGGCGAUGAUCUGGUGAAUGACGUCGGCGGUGCACAACAAUGUGGAAUGAAAGGCGUACAAGUCCGAACGGGCAAAUACAGACCCAGUGACCAGAACCACCCGACUGUGGUGGCGGACGGAACGGUGGACGACCUGGCCCAGGCGGUGGACAUGAUCCUCAGUGGGAGAUGCUGAGAACAAGCUGGCGUGCAUUUAUGAGGUCUUACCCAUGAGUCCACGAGAGAAGAGGGCAGUCCCCUGGCUCAUGGUCUGUGCCUGGAACUGCGGAAACAACACCAGAAACUCAGCAUCAGCUCCACAUAGUCUGAAUGAAUGAAUAAAAAAAAAAAAGGGAAUACAUCCAAAACACUCCGGAAUGUGGUUGUUUUAUGUAUUAUUUAUGAAGGGGGACGAACAAACGCCUCCACGAGUGCCAUCUCUUUAUUACAUGUGGCCGAGAGGGCAAAUUGGCUCAACAUAGUGGGAGAGGAGGUAAUGUUGCUCAGACAUUUCUUCUCCACCUACAACGACCUACUCCAUUGUAACACUGAGUGGAGUAUAUGAGAGAGCAGUUGACAAAGCACACUGGUGAUAGUUGGUAGGGGAUGACAGUGAUGAUGUAAUUACAUGUAAUAGUGACACUGUUCCCAAUGUUGAGCACCCAAAAAUCUGUUUUUGACACCCCUUCUUGAAAUGUUGUUUAACAGGUUUGCAAAUGCUGCUUUUAAAAUAGACAAUAGCCAACUAUUUUGAUUGGAUUCCAUAUGUUCAUAUAAAAAACACGUAGAAAACAACCUCUUACCGUGUUUUUGGACGUUACAUCAUCGGCACCCUUCUUCUUCUCCAGCGUCUUCUUGUAAAUGAUCACCAUGGCAACUCCCAUCCUUGUUCCAAGCCACGAGUAAGGCCGGCCAUGGUGAGAAGCGUGCAGAGCACAGAACGUUCACUCCAAAAGCAUUAUACCAUUUCCUUUGAUGUGCGCUUCCCUCUUGGGGUGCUAUCCAGAAGACACAUGAGAAGAUAAGACAUUUUUGACAUUUAGUAGCAUGUAGACAGAAUGCUCCACUGAAAUGGAGUACGCCCAUCUGUGAGGUGUAAAGGUCACACAUUGAGAAACACAAUUUGAAAGCCAUCUGUUACAGUGGACAUCACCAACUGUACAUAUUGAUCAUUACUCAUUUCAUUUCUGGGAAACAUAACACUAUAUCCACACAUAAGUCACUUAUAUUGGACUGGACCCAGUUACUUCCCCCUGAGCCCUUAAGUUUAAGCUCUCUGACAUAUUGGACAAUUCCACGUGUCACACUUGUGUAUUGUUUGUGUUGAUACUUCAGCAUAGGGCAGGGGUAGGGAACCUAUGGCUCGGGAGCCAGAUGUGGCUCUUUUGAUGCCUACAUCUGGCUCUCAAACAUGUCUUAACACGAUAAAAAUGUAUUUUUGGUUUUUUGUUCGCUGACCUUUUAUUGUACAUUACAGAAAUCACAGUGUUAAAAAUAACACUCAAAAUAUAAAACUUUGUUAUGCAUUUUAGUCCAUCAAUCCAUUUUCUACCACAAUGCGGGUGGCCAGAGCCAGUGCCAGCUGUCCUUCCAAUAUUUUCCGGGUCAAACACCAAAAUUCGAUUAUCACUGGAUAAUGCGGUAGCCUAUUCGCGGUAGCCUAUUCGCAUGAACUUCCCUUCCUUAAAUCAAAUAGUCAGAUCGCUAAUUCUGGAAAAAGAAAAAGAUACGGAGUACGGUGCAAAAGCACGCAGCACCAGAAGUCGCAUUAAUGGUAAGAAGUAAUUUAUUUAUUAUUGGAUUGCUUCAGUGUAACAAUGUUAAUAAAAAGAAUAACUUUAGAGGUCCUCCUUAAAAAUGCCCACAUUUACUUGUAUUCAAUGUUAAAAAAUAUUAUAUGGCUCUCAAGGAAAUCCAUUUUAAAAUAUGUGGCUUUUAUGGCUCUCUUAGCCAAAAAGGUUCCCGACCCCUGGCAUAGGGGCUCACUUGCUGUGAUUGUGUAUUGUUUAAUGGAACGCAUGUUUUAUCUGCAUGUUGUGUUUGAUAGACUGCUGGAAA